AUGUCCAACGCAAACAACUCCACCACCCCAAGCGUCCCUGUUGACCGACCUUGGGGUUCGGUUCAGAAACAAUCGCAAACCCGCUACUAUUCGGAAAACCCUUCCUCCUAUGCUAUAAACCGAUACCUCAACGAGCCCAAAAGAGACACCUGCUUCGACACAAUAGCCAUGGUGAAGCAGGUAGCCCCCCAAUCGAACACGAGGGCGAGCAGAAAUCCGCCCUCUUCAGCGGGCUCGAUGUCAGGCUCAUCCCACGAUACAAUUGGGAUCUAA